UAUACUGGUUUCGGGGUUUCUGAUUAGGGUUUGUUUGAUUAAUGGAGGUUGUUGUGCAGGGAUCGGAGGGUGAGGACUCAGACCCUAACGCGCCUUCCUCGGGGAACAGUCCAAGCAGCAACAAUGAGCAGAAGAAAACCUGCGCCGAUUGCGGCACCACUAAGACUCCACUCUGGAGGGGAGGUCCGGCAGGGCCUAAGUCUCUGUGCAACGCCUGCGGGAUCAGAAGCAGGAAGAAGAAGAGAGCGAUUAUGGGGAUAAGCAAGGGGAACAACGAGGAUGGGAGAAAGGGGAAGAAGAGUGGCGGCGCCGGGGCCGCCGCUAUCGGUGGUGGCGCGUUGGGGAGGGAGGUAUUGUUGCAUCGAUCACGUUGGAAUAGUGGAGGCCUUGUUGGAGUAGUCGUUGAUAGAGGCAUUGACCGGAGUUAG